CUUCACAUAAAGUCGACUGCACCUGAUUUUUUACCUUAUGGUUGCUAUAUAUAUGAAAGGAUCCGAAAAUAAUUAAAGAAGCUCAAGACAUUUUUUCUCUACUGAAAUGGCCAUCAACCCAUGGUUUCAUGUCUCUGUUUUCUUGCUCUCUUUUUAUUACACCUUUGCUUUAUUAUCUACUCUUGGAAAAAGCAUCACCAGCACCGAUGAUGAAUCUGCUCUUCUUGCAUUCAAAUCCUCCAUUACUUCAGACCCAAAUCACAUGCUUAGUAACUGGUCAACCUCUUCAUCAUCUUCUUUAUGCAACUGGGUUGGUGUCAUUUGCGAUUUGGACAACGGAAGAGUGAAGUCUCUGAAUCUUAGUAACAUGGGUCUCGUAGGUACCAUUCCCCCGCACGUGGGGAACCUCUCUUUCCUUGAGGAGCUUGACCUCAAAGGCAACAACUUUCAUGGUAUGUUGCCACAGGAGAUGUUUUCGUUGCAUCAACUAAGGUUGCUCAACUUGAGUUCCAACGCGUUUGGUGGUUCCAUUCCUCAAUCUGUGUCCAACUUGUCCAACUUGGUCGAAUUCGAUUGUUCAUCAAAUCUCAUCAAUGGAACUAUUCCACCCGUGAUUGGCCAACUUCGCCAAUUGAAGCUCUUCAAUUUUGAGAAUAACUCACUUUCUGGAAUUAUACCACCAACAGUUUCCAACCUCACUUUGCUUGAAGUAUUCAACCUUGGUUCUAACUUCAUAUCAGGAGAAAUUCCAAGAGAGGUGGGUGAUCUUACUAAACUAAGGAGAAUGAGAUUUGAUCACAAUAAGCUUAGUGGCAAAAUACCAGCAACAUUAUUCAACAUGUCAGUGUUGUAUGAUUUCAUUCUUCACUUCAAUGAUCUCUCUGGCACUCUUCCAUCAAACAUUUGUCAAGGCCUUCCCCAACUUUCUUACCUUUAUCUCAACGAAAAUGAUCUCUCUGGUAAGAUGCCAACUGUUUGGCAUAACUGCCAAGAGUUGAUCCAUGUUAAUCUAUCCGUCAAUGGUUUCGAUAAAGGUCCCAUGCCAAGCGAUUUCGGAAACUUGACUAAGCUUCAGUAUUUAUAUCUUGAUGACAAUAACUUGGAAGGUGAGGUUCCAUUCUCCCUUUUAAACAUCUCUUCUUUGGUGAUAAUGAGCCUUAUGGAGAACAAGUUAAAGGGGCAGCUUCCAAGUGAUAUGUGUCAUCUGCUCCCUCAACUGGAAUGUUUGUACCUAGAUACCAAUCAAUUUGAAGGGAUCAUUCCAAGAUCAAUUAGCAGAUGCACACAACUCAAAGUUUUAAGACUAAUGUAUAACCAGUUUACAGGUACCAUACCAGGUGAGCUUGCUGAUCUGAACAAUCUUCAGUAUCUUAUGCUUGGAUUUAACAAAUUGAGUGGAACUAUUCCCCUAAAGCUUCUGAAUAGUACAGCUUUGAGAUUGUUGUAUCUUUCAUACAAUUCUCUCUCAGGCACUCUUCCAUCAGACAAAGGCUAUAACCUUCCUAACCUGGAUCAACUGCACUUAACUGGGAACAAAUUUGUUGGAACCAUUCCAAGUGGUUUAUUCAAUGCUACUUUGCUCACUAAACUGGACUUGAGUGAGAAUCAAUUCAGUGGAGUCAUGCCAGCUGCGUUUCGAGAUCUAUCCAUACUCGAAGUUCUCCAUAUAGGUGGCAAUAACUUGACAACCGAUAAUGAUUCUCAUGAACUCGACUUCCUUACUUCCUUGACAAGUUCUACACAUUUGAGAAGGAUAAUCCUAUCUAACAAUCCUUUAAAUGCAACUCUUCCUAAAUCAAUUGGAAACUUGUCCCAGUCUUUGGUACUCUUUCAAGCAGAUAAUUGUGGAAUCUAUGGCAACAUUCCAAUGGAAGUAGGAAACAUAACAAGCCUGUGGAAUUUGAAUUUAUAUGGGAAUAAUAUAUCUGGACCAAUUCCUGCUACAAUCAAAAGGUUACAGAACCUUCAGUCUUUGAAUCUGAGCUACAAUGGAUUGCAGGGAUCCAUCAUUGAUGAGCUUUGUGAAAUCAAGAGUUUAAGUGUGCUAGCUUUAUCAAGCAACAAGCUUUCUGGAGCAAUACCAGCAUGCUUGGGAAAUAUGGAUUCUCUUAGAAAGGUUUACAUGGAUUCUAAUAAAUUGAACUCAGGGAUUCCAUCUUCUUUCUGGAAUCUCAAUGACAUCUUAGAGGUGAACCUGUCCUCCAAUGCUUUAACUGGACAACUUUCACCAGGGAUAGAAAAAUUGAGAGCUCUUGUACUAUUGGAUCUAUCAAGAAAUGACAUUUCAGGUGACAUUCCUGCAAUAAGUUCACUAGCUCUGCAAAAUCUUUCCUUGGCAAGCAACAAGUUGCAAGGUUCCAUUCCUGAAUCACUUGGUAAGUUGGUAAGCUUAAACUCUUUGGACUUGUCUCAAAAUCUUUUGUCUGGUUCCAUUCCAAAAUCCUUAGAGUCCCUUACUUUUCUUAAAUACAUCAACUUGUCCUACAAUAACUUGCAAGGAGAGAUUCCCAGUGGUGGACCUUUUGCAAAUUUCACUGCUCAAUCUUUCAUGCAUAAUGAAGCACUCUGUGGUAACCCUCGCUUACAAGUCCCUCCAUGUGCUAAACAAGAUGGCAAAAGUUCAAGGCUAAAACUGAUUUUAGCCAUUUGCAUACCCCUUGUAAUAGUGUUAAUCAUUUUGAUUCUUGCAUGCAUAAUUGUUCGCCGACAUAGAAUAAAAGAUGAGGAGAAUCCAGCUGAAAAGAAUUCAUCAGACUUGGGAGCAGCAAAAAGGAUUUCCUACUAUGAACUUGUCCAAGCAACCAAUGGAUUUAAUGAGAGUAACUUAAUUGGAAAGGGAGGUUUCGGUUCUGUGUAUCAAGGCAUGCUCUCUAGUGGAAUGAUAGUUGCCAUUAAAGUGAUUAACGUGGACUUGGAAGCAACAUCCAAGAGCUUUGAUGCAGAAUGCAAUGCAAUGCGCAAUUUACGCCAUCGAAAUCUUGUUAAGGUUAUCACUAGUUGCUCAAAUGAUGAGUUCAAAUCUUUGGUGAUGGAAUUCAUGCCAAAUGGAAGCCUAGACAAAUGGUUGUAUUCACAUAACUAUUGUCUAGAUUUCUUGCAAAGGUUGAAUAUAAUGAUGGAUGUGGCAUCUGCAUUGGAAUAUCUUCAUUAUGGUUCUUCAAUACCAGUUGUUCAUUGUGAUCUGAAGCCUAGUAAUGUCUUACUGGAUGAAGAUAUGGUUGCACAUGUUAGUGACUUUGGCAUUGCCAAGCUCUUGGAUGAAGGACAAUCCAUAACACAUACUAAGACCAUGGCUACACUAGGCUAUGUUGCACCAGAAUAUGGAUCUAAAGGAAUUAUUUCAAUCAAAGGUGAUGUAUACAGCUAUGGAAUCAUGCUAAUGGAAGUAUUCACAAGAAAAAUGCCAACAGAUGAUAUGUUUGCUGCAGAGUUGAGCUUGAAAAGUUGGAUCAACAACUCAAUGCCAGAUUCAGUGAUGGAAGUUGUGGACUCUAAUUUAAUACAACUAUAUGGUGAUGAAGAUAUUGAUGUUGUAUUGCCUCAUAUAUCAUCUGUGUUGAGAUUAGCUUUGAGUUGUUGUGCAGAUUCAGCUGAAGAACGAAUUAAAAUGACAGAUGUGGUUGCAGCAUUAACCAAGAUCAAGAAUGAGUUCACCUUAAUGAAAGAAUGAGCAAGCCAGUGAAAUAUGCAUGGCUCAUCUGUAUGGAUUUCAAAGCUACAUUAAAAGAAUGUAAAGUCAUAAAUAAGAUAAUAAUAUAUGUAAUUGUUGUUCUCCUA